UUCACCUGGACUGAACGCUAGGCUCUGUGCCUAUAACUAUACCUGGGCUUGACCCCAGAACUGGCAAUUUUCUAAGGAGAACAGGAGAUGGAGAAAACAAAUGGAAGAGAGGGUAUUGCUCUGUCCACAGUGGAGACUGGCAUAGAGAACCCAGGGCUGGAGCUCACGGAAGAAGGAAUAAAUCCUGAGGGAACCAGGAAGACUGAAGAGCAAGGACACAGCCUUGGGGAUGGAUUGGAACCCCCCACUCAACAGAGGAGGAACCUACAGCCUUUCAUCAGGGCAAGAAGUUUCUGUAAGACACAUGCUGCCUUAUUCAAGAAGAUCCUGCUGAGCCUGUUGUGUUUGGCUUAUGCUGCCUACUUCCUGGCAGCUUGCAUCUUGAAUUUCCAUAGGGCACUGGCCUUGUUCGUCCUCACCUGUUUGGUGCUUUUAGUCCUGGUUCACCGCUUUCUGAAAAGGUUCUUUGGUGAAAAAUUAAUGAGAUGUCUGAAGCCCCUUGAAAACUCCUGCCUGAAGCUUUGGAUGAAACGUGUGUUUGUGGGAGUCUCCUUGGUUGGCCUUAUCCUGUGGCUGGCUCUAGACACAGCCCAAAGGCCAGAGCAGCUGAUCUCCUUCGCAGGAAUCUGCAUGUUCACCCUCAUCCUCUUUGCCUGCUCCAAACACCACAGUGCAGUGUCCUGGAGGGCAGUGCUUUGGGGCCUAGGUCUUCAGUUUGUCUUUGGGAUCUUGGUCAUCAGAACUGAUCCUGGAUUUAAUGCAUUUCAAUGGCUGGGAAAGCAGAUUCAGAUUUUUCUCAACUAUACUGUGGCUGGCUCCAGUUUUGUUUUUGGGGAUAUGCUGGUCAAGGAUAUCUUCGCUUUUCAGGCCUUACCGAUCAUCCUUUUCUUUGGAUGUGUGAUGUCCAUUCUUUACUACCUGGGCUUUGUGCAGUGGGUAGUUCAGAAGAUUGCCUGGUUUUUGCAAAUCACCAUGGGCACCACUGCCACAGAGACCCUGGCUGUGGCAGGAAACAUCUUUGUGGGUAUGACAGAGGCACCUCUGCUCAUCCGUCCAUACCUUGCAGACAUGACACUUUCAGAAGUCCAUGCAGUGAUGACUGGAGGGUUUGCCACCAUCUCAGGCACUGUCUUGGGAGCCUUCAUAUCCUUUGGGAUUGAUGCGUCAUCCUUGAUUUCUGCCUCUGUGAUGGCUGCCCCUUCUGCUCUUGCUUUGUCAAAGCUGGUAUAUCCAGAAGUGGAGGAGUCCAAGUUCAAGAAUAAGGAGGGGGUAAAAUUGCCCCGUGGGAAGGAGAAGAAUGUUCUGGAAGCUGCCAGCAAUGGAGCCACAGAUGCCAUAGGCCUUGCUGCUAACGUAGCAGCCAACCUGAUUGCUUUUUUGGCCGUGUUGGCCUUCAUCAAUGCUGCCCUCUCCUGGCUAGGGGAACUGGUAGACAUACAGGGACUCACUUUUCAGGUCAUCUGCUCCUAUAUCCUAAGGCCCGUGGUUUUCAUGAUGGGUGUCGAGUGGGCAGACUGUCCGAUGGUGGCUGAGAUGGUGGGGAUCAAGUUCUUCACGAAUGAGUUUGUGGCCUAUCAGCAACUGUCUCAGUACAAAAACAAACGUCUCUCUGGAGUGGAAGAGUGGAUUGGAGGCGAGAAACAGUGGAUUUCUGUGAGAGCCGAAAUCAUUACAACAUUUUCACUCUGUGGAUUUGCCAAUCUUAGUUCCAUAGGAAUCACACUGGGAGGCUUGACAUCAAUGGUACCCCACCGGAAGAGUGACUUGUCCAAGGUUGUGGUCAGUGCCCUCUUCACAGGGGCCUGUGUAUCCCUUAUCAGCGCCUGCGUGGCAGGAAUCCUCUAUGUCCCCAGGGGAGCUGAAACUGACUGUGUCUCCUUCCUAAAAACAAGUUUCACCAAUCAAACCUAUGAGACCUAUGUGUGCUGCAGAGAGCUCUUUCGGAGUACCUCUCUGAACGGCACCAACCCUCCUUCUUUUCCUGGUCCCUGGGAAGAUAAAGAGUUCAGUGCCAUAGCCCUUGCUAAAUGCUGUGACCUCUACACCAAUGCUGUCUGUGCCUAAAGCUGGUCCAUUUCCGUAACAGUCCUGAUCUGGAUGGCUUUUUGAUGGCAAAUUUAUUUUCGUAUUCAGAGUUCUUAUUCUACAGCUA